CUCAUAUAAAAUUGUUAAAGUGUACGUAAAGUGAGAAUGAAUCGUAAUCAUUUAAUUUAAUUAAACCUUACUAAUUAAUGUUGUUGGGGUUGGGAUGCAGAAUAAAGGGAGGGUGGGGAUGGAGGCUAUCACUGGGGCUAGCAGGAUUUCCAGCGCUGCUGCUGACGUUGGGUGCCCUCUUUGUGGUGGACACUCCCAACAGCCUGAUAGAGCGCGGACACGUGGACGAGGGCAAGAGGGUCCUUUCCAGAAUCCGAGGCACCCCCAACGUUGAGCCCGAGUUCCUGGAGAUUCUCCACGCCAGCCGCGUCGCCAAGGAGGUCAAGCACCCUUUCCGGAAUCUCCUCCGCCCUAGAAACCGCCCUCAGUUGAUUAUUGCCAUUUCCUUGCAGGUCAGUUUUUCUAACAUAUAUUUAUAUUUAUAUAUGGGCUGGGAGUGUAAAUUAAAUCUCUAUUUGAAUCUUAGCAUAUUAUAAAACUUCCAAUAUUUGAUUUUACAAAGGAACACUGCGUUUAGUGUUGUCCCUAAAUUCAAAUAAUUGUGACCAAGAUAACUAUAGUAUUUUCACUAUAUUUAUUUAUGCUUUAUAAUGUGAAAAUAUGUCAAUCUACUUUUAUCAUAACAAUAAUCUAACUUGCUUUUAUCUAGCUGACAAAACAUGUUAAUCUUAUUUUAAAUUUUUCUUUCAAAGAAAAACUUUCAUUUUGUUCACACUCCGUAUUUUGAACAAAUUCUUUGUUGCUCUCUCCGUCUCUUGACUAAAUUUCCAACUUCUUUUGCAUCUCAAAAUAAACUUUCACUUGUUUAAUUUUUCAUUUGUCAUUGACUUCGAUUCUUACGCAUUUUUACACAUUCCUCUCAUAUGUAUAUAACUCGUUACCACACAAUAUUCACUAUCUUUAUAUUGUGUCAAAUGUACUUUGAAAUUUAUUUUAAAAAACACAGGAAUACUAUGUAUCAUUUUACAAUAUACAAACUUUAAUGGUACACUAGUAAAAAUCAAUCAAAAUUAUACUCGUAGUACGUAACAUUUGAGUACUUCUUUCAUCAAAAAAAACAUUUGGGUACUUUUGACUUAGGUAUCAAUCAAAAUCCAUAAAGUUUUUAGACAAGGAUCAUGUUUGGUCACAAAAUACCCAAUAUUUAUUAAUUAUGUCAAAUAAAAAAUGAUAUGAGUACACAGUUGACGUAACGAGCCCAUUUGUUUUUUGACUCAUCAGACUUAUCAGUUAAUUUUUUUCCCAAAUACAUAACUUUUGAUUUCGCGCGCUGAAUUGUAUAAUAAUAAAAAAAGUAAUGUUCACGUUAGUUUUCUGACUAAAUUGGCUGAAGUUAUUGUAGAAUGUCAUUUUAGCUAUUUUUUCUUAUAAUAUGUUCUUUAUUUUAUUAAUAAAAUAUAUUUUAAAUAUAAUAUUUUCAUAAAUAACCAAAAUCAGUCAAUCCAGCUACUUCAUCCAUAACUUUAUAGAUUUCAGCAGAAUCAGACGAUUUUGAAAUUACCGAACGGGCUCUACAAAUAAGACUAGUACUACAUCUCUCUUGUUUUGGUUUGACAUAAUUAUUAAUAAACUGGUUGAAAAUGUAAACCUUGCGAUUCAAAUUUGAAAUAAUAAAAUGAAAUGUUGUGAAUUAAACAUUUUUCUAAAAUAAAAGAAAUGUGCUACUUAUUAAAUAUUCAGAAAAAGAAAGUAAGACAUGUAAAAUGAUAUUAAAAAAAACUUGUGUAGUUCAGUAAUUUUAGAAUGAAACAGUUAAAACUUAAAAUUUCUUUUUUAAGAAUAAAGUAGCUUAGGUCAUAUUUUAGAAAUACUCCCACUAUGUUGUCUUUGAUUCUAUCGUAAUCAAUGUGCUAGACAUUUAACAACUUUUCUUUAAUUUUUUUUUUAUUUAACAACUUUUCUUUUUGUUUCCCACCAGAUAUUUCAACAAUUUACCGGGAUCAACGCGAUCAUGUUCUACGCGCCGGUGCUAUUCGCGACGGUGGGAUUCGGAAGCGACGCGGCGCUCUACUCCGCGGUCAUCACCGGGGCCGUAAACGUGCUGUCCACAGUGGUGUCGAUCUACUCCGUGGACAAGCUCGGGCGGCGGCCGCUGCUGCUGGAGGCGGGGAUCCAGAUGCUGCUGGCCAACAUCGCGAUUGCCGUCGUGCUGGGGAUCAAAGUGACGGACCACUCGAACGAUCUGGGGCACGGGUGGGGGAUCUUCGUGGUGGUGAUGAUCUGCGCGUUCGUGUCGGCGUUCGCGUGGUCGUGGGGCCCGCUGGGGUGGCUGAUUCCGAGCGAGACGUUCCCGCUGGAGACGCGGUCGGCGGGGCAGAGCGUGACGGUGUGCGUGAAUCUGGUGUUCACUUUCGUGAUGGCGCAGGCGUUCCUGUCGAUGCUCUGCCAUUUCAAGUUCGGGAUCUUCCUGUUCUUCUCGGGCUGGAUUACGGUCAUGUCUCUGUUCGUCCUGUUCCUGUUGCCGGAGACGAAGAACGUUCCGAUUGAGGAGAUGACGGAGAGGGUCUGGAAGCGGCACUGGCUGUGGAAGGGAUUCAUGGAUGAUGAUGACGAUAAAAAUGUCGAUCGGGAGAUUGGGAUUACGAAUCUCCCAAAUAAGAAUUGAAGAAUUGAAGGCCGCCGUUAAUUGAUAGUUUAUCUUUUGCUGACUAUUCAAGAAAAAUUUAGGGGCCAAAAAGUUAAGGAUAAUUGGACUUUGGAGUAUGAGGUGCAGAUUGCAUAUUUUUGUCAAACUUUGCAGCUCAUGCUUAUCUUAAAUUCCUACUUUAUUUCAAUACCUUUUUAGUGUGCGACUUUAAAACAAAUACAAGAUCCGAAGGCUAUAUGAG